AUGCCUUCCACCACUUUCCCUCCUCAUUUCACCUCGGAGGACAUCGAGGCAGCGACGAAAUCUCCUCAAGUGGGCAAACAAAGUUGGGAUCACCUGUACAGUCGUGCCCUCCAGAACUUCACCGGAAGUCUUCUCAUCUCGCGAUAUGGUCUUAUGACGACGUCGGAGCGCAAGGCAAAGUACGAAGAACUGAGAAACUCGCUGCGAGCCAUCUGGGACAAAGUCCGAAAGAAGCAGCAAAAAGUACUGAACGACUUUCUCCCGACAUUGUUGGAAGCGUAUGGUCCUGCUGCUGUUGAAGAUGCCAAAGCCCAGAUCGCAGCAAUUGACUACGAGACAGAAAUGGAGCGCACCGAAGAGAUCGUUGCCGCAGUCCGCCUGAAGGUCAUGAUCUCGGCCCCCUCGAGCAUAUCUUGCGCGCAUCUGGAUUGGUGA